UAAUGAACCCCAGCCCCUUGGCGAUUUGCUGGUGUUGAUGCUCGGAGACAAAUGCGUGGGCAGGCAGGCUGUACGGACACCAUGGGCCAUAUUCUUCCAAUUCCCGUCACCAAGGCUACAUACUUCAUCUCUGUUCGCAGCCGUCUCCACCCUCACGAAGCAAGUCCAGCACAAAUUUCUCAAUUUGACCAUAGAUGAGUCUACAUCAAUUUGAGCAGGGAGCUCGAGACACAACCUGGCAUUCAGUAGCUCCCACGAUUCAUAGUAUCGACACCUGCAACGACUCUGUGAAAGAUGAGGGAAAAGUCACGCAAUGCUGUUCCCGUUGCGCUCGCAGCUACAGUUCAUCAGAAACAUUACUACAGUGUGCUGCACCAUCCCCGACCAAGGAAGUACAGUCAUGGCUCGUCGACUUUGACGGACCUGACGACCCGUUGAAGCCGAUAAACUUCAGACAAAGGGAUAAAUUUUUGAUCAUUGGUCUGACCGCCGCCUGUACAUUCUGUGUAAGCUUUGCAAGCAGCAUCUUCUCGACAUGCACCAAAGUCACGGCGGAAGAGUUUGGCGUGAGUGAAGAAGUGAUGAUUCUGGGUGUCAGUCUGUACGUGCUGGGUUUCGCGUUCGGACCUAUGUUAUGGGGACCGUUGUCUGAACGAUUUGGCCGGUUUUAUCCAAUCUUCACGGGUCUUACUCUUUUUGUCAUCUGUCAGAUCCCGUUGGCAUUGGCCCAGAACCUCCAAACGGUGCUUGUCAGCCGUUUCCUUGCUGGGCUAUUUGGAGCGGCACCACUUGGGGUCACGAGUGCUAUAUAUGUCGAUAUGCUCCAUAUAGUGGAUCGUGGAGUAGCCAUGUCCGUCUUUGCAGCUGCUGUUUUCCUCGGUCCUGUCUUGGGACCUAUUAUGGGUUCCUUGAUUGUACACAGCCAUCUCGGGUGGAGGUGGACAGCAUGGGUCACUAUGAUAAUUUCAGGAGUCUUCACUCUGCUUGGGAUGUUCUUUGUUAAGGAGACCUCGGAGCCCAUCAUACUCCAAAAGAUGGCCACAAAGAAGCGGUUGGAGACGAAAGAAUGGGCAUGGCAUGCAAAGCUUGACGAAUCACCCUUCACUUUCAAGGCUGUUGCACAGAGGUACCUCCUUAAACCAGUUCGGAUAAUAUUGCGGGAGCCGAUUUUGGUUGCUGUCACAGCUUACAUCUCCCUGGUCUACAGUAUUUUGUACGCAAUCUUCUUCGCGUAUCCUGUAGCAUUCCGCAUGAUACGCGGAUGGGAACCUGUGAUGGCCUCACUACCGUUCCUUGGCAUAAUGGUUGGGAUCAUCAUCGCUUGCAUCAGCAUGGGAGUUGACGCGCGCACACGCUACGCCAGAAUUCUCAAGAAGAACGGCAAGAUCUCGCCAGAAGAUCGACUUCUUCCUAUGAUUGUUGGUGGCUUUAGCCUCCCUAUCGGACUUUUCUGGUUUGCUUGGACUUCACAUCCCAACAUCACAUUCUGGCCUCAGGUCAUAUCUGGCGUGUUUAUCGGCGCAGGUAUUACGAGUGUCUUCUUCAACGGAGUAAUAUACAUCGCAGAUGUCUAUCUGUCGAACGUUGCCAGUGCCAUUGCAGCUAAUGGAUUUGUCCGUGGUGUCAGCGCUGCUUCAGUGCUGCUGUUUACACCAUACAUGUAUCGGGCAUUGGGUGUAGCAUGGGCGACGAGUCUACUAGGAUUCUUUUCAAUGGCGAUGGUGCCGAUACCUAUCAUUUUCUAUUAUUACGGCAGGAGGCUGAGAGAGAAGGGAACCUUUUCAUUUGCUUUGUGAUCUGGACGGAGUCGAACACAGCCUAUCAGGCUACUGAAUUUCAUAUGUCUGGAUUAACUCACAUGGAUUACAUGAGUCACAAGUCAUGCUACACACUGUAAAUAUAACGCAUUAUAUUAAUACUAUAGAUU